UCAGACAAUAUUGUAAGAAGGGACCCUCCAUAUGGAGGCAGAGAGAAGUAGAGGCCCUUAUUGGCCCAUGGCCUUUGAGCAGCAUACAGCCCCGCAAACAGGGCUGCAAACAAUCCCCUGUGCGGCCUUUCUUCCUCUCCAGCAGCAUCGGCACCACUGCCAUGCCGGCCACCAACCAGGGCUGGCCUGAGGACUUCGGCUUCCAGCUGGGCGGCUCGGGCCCCUGCUUCGUCCUGGAGGUGGCCGAAGGGAGCAGCGCGCACGCCGGAGGUCUGCGGCCAGGGGACCAGAUCCUCGAGGUGGAGGGGCUGGCUGUGGGCGGCCUGAGCCGCGAGCGCCUCGUGCGCCUGGCCCGGAGCUGCCCGCGCGUGCCGCCCAGCCUCGGGGUGCUCCCGGGCCCCGACGGCGGCCCCGGCGCAGGACCCGGCCCCGCACUCCAGAUCACGGCCCUGCGGCCCCUGCGCUGCGGCCGCGGCCUCUCGCUGGGCCGCGAGCUGCUGCGCCUGGCUGGCCGCAAACGCCCGGACGCCGUGCACGGAGAGCGCAGGCGCAAGGCCCAGGAGUUCAGCCGCAAGGUGGACGAAAUCUUAGGGGACCAGCCGGCCACCAAGGAGCAGGUGUUCGCUGCACUGAAGCAGUUCGCGGCCGAGCAGCGGGUGGAUGACCUGGUGUGGGCCCUCACCCUGGCGCUGCCCCACGAGGCCCGUGGGCCACUUCUGGACAACCUCAGGAUCUUCAUCCCCAAGAAGCACCGGGCGCGCUUCGACGAGGUGGUGUCCCAGGGUCUGCUGGGCAAGCUGUGCCGCGCCCGGCGGGCGCAGGGCGCGCAGCGGCUGCGCCGGAGCCGCAGCGAGGAGCGGCCCGAGCGCCUCCUGGUGUCCACCCGUGCCAGCGCCGCCCCGCGCCGCCCCGAUGAGCCUCCCCCGCGCAAGGCCGCCUCGCUGCUGGGCGGCCGCACCGGCCUGGGGGGCGCGCGCAGGACGGUCCGAGUCUACAAGGGCAACAAGAGCUUCGGUUUCACGCUGCGGGGCCAUGGGCCUGUCUGGAUCGAGUCUGUCCUUCCUGGGAGCCCGGCCGACAAUGCUUCCCUCAAGUCGGGCGACCGGAUCCUCUUCCUCAACGGACUGGACAUGAGGAACUGCUCCCACGACAAGGUGGUGUCCAUGCUGCAGGGCAGUGGUGCAAUGCCCACACUGGUGGUGGAGGAGGGUCUCACCCCAUUUGCCAGCGACUCCGAUUCCUUGGACUCCCCCAACCCGUCGUCGGCGCUCACCUCCCUGCAGUGGGUGGCAGAGAUCCUGCCGUCCAGCAUCCGGGUGCAGGGGAGGACUUUCAGCCAGCAGCUGGAGCACCUGCUCACGCCUCCUGAGCGCUAUGGGGUCUGCCGGGCCCUGGAGAGCUUCUUCCAGCACAGGAACAUCGACACUCUCAUCGUCGAUGUGUACCCUGUGCUGGACACACCUGCCAAGCAGGUCCUUUGGCAAUUCAUCUACCAGCUGCUUACCUACGAGGAACAGGAGCUCUGCCAGGAGAAGAUCGCCUGCUUCCUGGGCUACACGGCCAUGACAGCAGAGCCGGAGACUGAGCUGGACCUGGAGCCUGAGCCAGAGCUGGAGCCAGUGCCUGAGCCCCAGCCGCGGAGCUCCCUGAGGGCCUCCUCCCUUUGCCGCCGCAGCCUCCGGUCCCAGGGCCUGGAGGCCAGCCUGGGCUGUGGUCCCAGUGACUGCCCCGAGAUGCCUCUUCCUCUGAUCCCAGGCGAGCGCCAAGCAGGCGACGGCACAUCUCUCCCUGAGACCCCCAACCCCAAGAUGAUGUCCGCUGUCUAUGCAGAGCUUGAGUCCCGACUGAGCAGCAGCUUCAAAGGGAAGAUGGGGACCACAUCCAGAUCCCGUGCUUCCCCACCAGUGCCCAGCUCGGCAGGCACGGCAGGGCCCAGGACCUCGUCCAGCGUCUCCUGGCCCAGCGAGCGGCUCCUGUCUUCCCCCUGCUACUACCCACUGUGCUCAGGGGGCCCGGCCUCCCCCAGCAGCUCCGAGUCCCACCCGUACGCCAGCCUGGACAGCAGCAGGGCGCCCUCCCCCCAGCCCGGCCCCGGGCCCACCCGCUCUGACAGCCCCCCCAGCCCGGCCCCUGCGUGCCCAGCCAGCCGCAGGAAGCUCUUCACCUUCUCCCACCCCUCGCGAAGCCAGGAUACCGACCGCUUCCUGGACGUGCUGAGUGAGCAGCUGGGGCCCCGGGUCGCCAUCGUGGAUGACUUCCUGAGCCCCGAGAACGACUAUGAGGAGAUGAGCUUCCACGACGACCAGGCCAGCUUUGUGACCAACGAGCGGAGCAGCGCCAGCGAGUGCAUCAGCAGCAGUGAGGAAGGCAGCUCCCUGACCUACUCCUCCAUCUCUGACCACAUCCCCCCGCCCCCGCUCAGCCCCCCGCCGCCGCCGCCCCUGCCCUUCCAUGACCCCAAGCCCAGCUCGCGCACCCCUGACGGUGCCCGGGGCCCCGCUCAGGCGCUAGCCAAGCCCCUCACCCAACACAGCCACCCAGUCCCUCCACCGCCCCCACCCCCCCUACCCCCACCCGUGCCCUGUGCACCCCCCAUGCUGUCCCGGGGCCUGGGCCACCGCCGCAGUGAGACCAGCCACAUGAGCGUCAAGCGCCUGCGGUGGGAGCAGGUGGAGAACUCAGAAGGCACCAUCUGGGGUCAGCUCGGGGAGGACUCUGACUAUGACAAGUUGAGCGACAUGGUGAAAUACCUCGACCUGGAGCUCCACUUUGGCACCCAGAAGCCUGCUAAGCCGGUGCCCGGGCCUGAGCCGUUCAGGAAGAAGGAGGUGGUGGAGAUCCUGUCCCAUAAGAAGGCCUACAACACCUCCAUCCUGCUGGCGCACCUGAAGCUGAGCCCGGCCGAGCUGCGGCAGGUGCUCAUGAGCAUGGAGCCCCGGCGCCUGGAGCCCGCGCACCUGGCGCAGCUGCUGCUCUUCGCGCCCGACGCCGACGAGGAGCAGCGCUACCAGGCCUUCCGCGAGGCGCCCGGCCGCCUCAGCGAGCCCGACCAGUUCGUCCUGCAGAUGCUGUCGGUUCCUGAAUACAAGACGCGCCUGCGCAGCCUCCACUUCCAGGCCACCCUACAGGAGAAGACAGAAGAGAUCCGGGGCAGCCUGGAGUGCUUGCGCCAGGCCUCCCUCGAGCUCAAGAACAGCCGGAAGCUUGCCAAGAUCCUGGAGUUUGUGUUGGCCAUGGGCAACUAUCUCAACGAUGGACAGCCCAAAACCAACAAGACCACAGGCUUCAAGAUCAACUUCCUGACGGAGCUAAACUCCACCAAGACGGUGGACGGGAAGUCCACCUUCCUGCACAUCCUUGCCAAAUCCCUGAGCCAGCACUUCCCCGAACUCCUGGGCUUUGCUCAGGACCUGCCCACCGUGCCCCUGGCUGCCAAAGUGAACCAACGGGCCCUGGCCAGCGACCUGGCUGACCUCCAUGGCACCAUCAGUGAGAUACAGGCCGCCUGCCAGAGCAUGUCCCCCUCCAGCGAGGACAAGUUUGCUGUGGUCAUGGCGUCCUUCCUGGAGACGGCCCAGCCAGUGCUACGGGCUCUGGACGGGCUGCAGCGGGAAGCCAUGGAGGAGCUGGGCAAGGCGCUGGCUUUCUUCGGCGAGGAUUCCAAAGCCACCACCUCCGAGGCCUUCUUUGGCAUCUUUGCGGAGUUCAUGAGCAAGUUCGAGCGAGCGCUCAGCGACCUGCAGGCCGGGGAGGGCACGCGCAGCUCGGGGAUGGUCUCACCCCUGGCCUGGUGACGGCGGCAGCCCCGCGCCCUCUGCGGCCCGAGCUCGGAGACGGACCCCCGAGGCCCGGCCCGCGCCCGCCCCUGGCGCCUCCCGCGGGGCCCUCGGCCACCCUGCGCCGCCGCGCCCCCCGCGCCCGCGGCUCCAGCUACCUCAGCCGGCGAGCUCCGGCCGCCCGCCCGCGGAGGUGCGGGGCUCGCCCGGGCGCUCCUCCCGGCUCCGAGCGCUGGGGCUCGGGGCGGAGCGGACCCCGAGGCCGGCCUCCCGUGCGCCCUGGGCCCGGCCUUCCCCCAUCGCUCCGCCGGCUUCCUGCGCCUCCCCUGCCGCGCGCCCGGGCCCUCGAUCAAGUGCUGGCUCCGGACGUCGGGGUCCCGGGGAGCGGGCGCUGUGACCGGCCGGGGAUUGCGAAGUGGCCGCGGCCCCUGGGCAGCGUCUGCGUCCGCCCCUCGGUGGCUUGGCCAGAGCGCGCCCGGCCCCGAGGAAGGAUGUCUGAACUGCCUUUCUGAGCCUGCUCUGAACGGCCCAGGGGACGCCCUCGCGGACGGAGCAAGGACCUCCCGGAGCACGGACCCUGGAGAAGGAGCAGACCCCCUUGAACUGCCGCACCAGUGGGCAUGAGGCCUGGAGGUCCCUCACCCAGCCCGGGCCUCCUGGGGCUGCUCGGAAGAAGGCAGGCAGGAAGGAGAGCCCCAGGUACAGGGACCUGGGGGCGCGCGCACCGCCCCGAGCCUGCGUCUUGCAAGCUGGAAGAAACUGCUGUUGGCUGCAGCCCAGAACGGCGACAGGCGGGAGAGAAGCCAGGCAGGGAUGUAGGGAAGGGCUAGGAAAACUCUCCGUCGGACUGCAGAACUGAGGUUUCUAUCCAGUGGACAAACUUAGAUCCAGUUCAGAAGUGGGGAGUCCCGGAGUGGGAUAGGGGUCAUCGAGGUGGGGCAGAGAGAACAGAGAGAUGUUUAGGUGGGGGAUGGGUGGUGAUGUUCCCUGGAGCAGGUUGGGUGAGUGGCACAGGCUAAGGGGGCAGAUGACUCAAUCCGGGACACAGUUGGGAUUCCAGAGGCUCAGUGUGUGGAGCCCCUGGUGAGGACUGGGGUAGAGGAGGAGGUUACCUGGAUUCUGGGAGCAGAGGGUGCUGUGGGCAGGGAGGUUGUGCUGACGCGUCUCAUCCGUUCCAUUCUCCAAUUGGCAACGCUGGGCGCCAGGCAGCUUCCAUUAUCUCUUUCCUUAACUUUCUUCCAGAGAAGUCUGAAAUGGGCUUUAGGCUCGUCUCUUGGAUUCUUUUUCUCCCACUACAGUCGAAUGGCUAAUGUUGCGCCUGCGUGGUAUUUGGGACCCAUUCAGGCCUUCCCGGUCUCCCACAGACCCCGCUUUGAGGCCAUGUAUGUUCUUUCCUUGUUCCCCACUCACAGCCACCCUAUAAAACUGGCUAAACCAAAA